AUGGCGGACACAAAACCCUUUGAGUCUGCGGCAUCUUCGUCUGCUGAUCACAGAAGAUUCAAUGAAAUUAAGAAACGAUGGGGCUUUCCCAAAUUGCUGCGUCUUCUUGAGUUCGAGGAUCCUAGAAAUGGAUACUUAUUCCAUGAUGAAUGUGUUUUCGGAGUUGAGGUUUCAGUUUGUCAAUAUAGUGGCAGAGCUGAGGGUGUCGGUCGACCAGAGAAACAAAUAAGCAACUCAUCCACAAUCUACAGUUGGAAAGUCACUGGCUACUCAACUCUGCCUAAAAGCGGGGUGUAUAAGUCUCCGGAGUUUAGUCUUGAAAAUCAUAAAUGGAGUAUUGAUUUCUAUCCAAGAGGGAACCAUUCUGAGGAAGGUAAAAGUAUUUCAGUCUAUCUUCAUUUGCACAAUGAUUAUAGUGAGAGUAAAGUCUAA